CUCAGGCGGAACCUGGACUGUCCACGCAGCCUGGGAGUCACGCAGGCCGGCCUCCAUCAUGCAACAAGCCGUCCUGAGUCUGCUCAUCUUUCUGGCAGGUCUGCCUGCCCUGGGCGCCAACGACCCCGAAGAUAAAAACAGUCCUUUUUACUAUGACUGGCACAGCCUCCGGGUCGGCGGGCUCAUCUGCGCAGGCAUCCUGUGCGCCAUGGGCAUUAUCGUCCUCAUGAGUGGGAAAUGCAAAUGCAAGUUCAGCCAGAAGUCCAGCCACCGGCCUGGGGACUCCCCACCUCUCGUCACUCCAGGCUCUGCCCAUACCUGCUGAGGAUGGAUCAACGGAGGGCCUCUCUCUUUCCCCAAGUCCUGGUUCUGCACAGGAACCAAAUUCCAGGAUGGACUUCUCCCUCCUCCCCUCAGACCACCUUGCCCGACUUCAUCUCACUUCUCACUGGAGAGGUCUCUUUGUUCAAUUUUUUUAUCUAAAAUGAUCUUGCCUCCUGCCCAAGCAGUCCUGAGACUCCCUAUGUGUGCUUUGGGGUAGGAUUUGUGGGGCCAGGAGGAAGCGGACAUGCACUGGAAGCUGCCACAAAAACCGGCAGCUGAAUCUCUGCUGGGAAAAGCCCAAAGGCCGGUGCCCUCAUGAUCUGGUGAGCGGCAUGGGGUCUGUCCUCUGCCUCGACGGCCAUGGGGGCCACAUUGCAAUUUAAAUUUUUCUAGUAUUCAAAUGGGGGACAUUUUUGAGGCAGUGAAAGGGAGCUGUAACCAGAUGAAAUGCUGUAACACUCAGGUGGACACCGGGAUCAUCCCACCAUGGCAUGAAAACCCAGAGAGCUUAUGGUUGUAGUAAUAAGACCCCUAUGAUCCUUCCGCGCACCGCUCAGACCCCACUUCGUUACAGAAGACCCUUCCUUAUUCCCAAAUGUCCAUGUGAGCCCUUUAAAGAAUUGCCCAUGAGCCCAGCAGGCGUGGCUCAGUGGUUGAGCGUCUACCCGUGCACCAAGAGGUCGC